UAUGGUCCAACUUUCACAGCCAUACAUUGCAACUGGGAAAGAGAGGGUAGAAAGCCCAAAGGGAGGCUCUCCGCUUAUCCAAGGAGAAACCCUUCCCUCCGCCCCCCCCCUUGGGAGGCGGAGCUUCUGAGCCAGGUGUGCUCUGAUUGCCUGCCCUUUGCUUUGAGUGGAGUGGCCGAAGGGCAGGAGAAAGCCCUUCCGAAUCCCAUGGAGAGCCCCAACAAUUUAUGCCGCCUUUGUGGCUCCGGGCUGCGCGGGAAUCAUCGGCGGUGGCUUUUCAGCCGGAGCAGUAACAGCUCGCGCCCUGACCUGCUGGUGAUACUGUCCUAUGUCCUCGACCGAGAGCUUCCCCAGCGUGGAGAUGGGCGCGGUGAAUUCCUCUGUGGGAAGUGCGCCCAGGCCUUGGGGCGGGUGUACCAUUUCGACACUGUCAUUGCCCGGGUUAAAGCUCUCUCCAUUGACCGCCUUCAGCGCCUGCUUUCGGAGAAAGACCAGUUGGCCCGCUCUCUGCGCCACAUCUACACGCGGCGGUUCCCAGAUAACGGGGCCUCCGUGUCCUACACGGGCCAAGAGAUCUCAGCCAGUAUAGCGGAUUUGCCCCAAGUACAGUACCAGCGCCUCCUGCAGGACGAUAUGGCCCUGUCUGAAUAUGAGUGUUGGGCUGACACCCCAGACAGCAGCCAGCCGGGCACCCCGUGUCGGAACCGCCAAUGUCGCAGCUGCCACGGGCUGAGGGUAGAUGACAACAAUUACGAGUGGGUGUGCCGGACACCGAGACGGCUGGGAACGUGGUCCCCUGUCUUCUCCCUCUGCCGGGAUAAGUCGCAGAGCAUGCCCACCAUGUACUGCGCUGGCUCCCAGGCCUCUCUGCGAUCCCAGAGCUUGGGGGACGUCGAGUGUUGUUCAAUGCUAUCGUUGGACACUUUGCCGGAAUCGGAACUAGCCUGGGAAGCACUGAAAAACCUGAAGGAGAUUAGAAGGAAGAGGCUGAAGGUCCCGUUGGGCAGUAAGAUCCCUGUCCUGGUGGGGAACUGGCGUGGGGCUAUUCCGCAGAGAGAGAGCCCGGUGGGAGAAGAAGCCUACGAGGAACUGGUAGAUGAGUUUCUGCCUCUUAAGCCAAAGCUCCAGCUUCAGCAGUCUCUGCACCAGGACCUCCAAAGAUCUUUUGAUAAUUUGAAGGAACUCCUUGAAACAGCCAAGGGAGAGCUGAAAAGCUUUCAGGAGAAACAAGGAGAGGCACCCAACCAGGAAGCUGGUUUUCCACUUGAGAAGGCCAUGAAUAACCAGGAGCAGCUGAUCCUUCAACUGACCAGGUGUCUGCAAAGCAAGGAGGAAGUGCUACAGGACUGCCUGGCCAUCCUGUCAUCACUCAGAUCGCCUGGAGUGAAUGCCCCCAAGUUGGAAACCCUGAUCAAGCAGAUGGCCGAGCAUCUGAAAGAUAGAGACCAAGCAUUAGAGAAGCUUCUAUCCAACCAUUUCUUGGCCCUGGAGUUUGUGCACCGUCAGUUGAGGCACCUUCAAGAAGCACUGAAAGAUAAAGAUGCUGAUCUGGCACGACUCAACACCAGCCUCCGCACUGAAGAGGAGACCAUGCAUGCUCUGCGGGAGCUUUUGAACCAGAAGGACCGGGAAAUCCGUCGUCUGGAAUCUCUCUCUGCCUCAACUCAGGACUUCUGGCAACUGCAGGACCAAAGCUUGCUCUUCGCUUUGAAGGAGAAAGAAACCUUAAUUAAAGCCCUCCAGGAAGCCUUGACCAGUAGCACCAAGGAUGUGGAGGCCCUUGCAAAGUCCCUCAGCAGCUCCAACUUGGCUCCAGCGUUGCUCCAGCAGAUCCAGGAGAAGGAAGAUUUGCUGGCCCAGUCCUUGGCUGCACAGACACGGGUCCAGGCCGAGUGGCAAAGGCAACUGCAGGUGGUAGAAGAUGCAGCCAUUGCCCGAGAACACAAACUACAGGAGCAGCUACUUCAGCAAUCUCAGGAUGCCAAAGAGCGAGGCCAGGAAAUGACACAUCUCCGCAGGCAGCUGGCCCAGGCUGAAGCCAAACUAAGCCAAGGAGCUGUUCUCCUGGAGGAGCGUUGCACAGAAUUGGCUCGGCUCCAAGAAGUGGAGAACAUAAAGGCACAUGCUCUGGAGAAAGCUUUGCGAGAAGGAGAGGAGAAGGACCGGCUCCUUCAACAACGCUUGGAGGCCCAGUGGGCCGUGGCAAGAAAGCCUGUUCCAGAGGGACGAAGCCAUCUCCUGCUUCCUCCCAUUUGAAGCCAAAGAAGAUCCAAAGAACGAGAGAUGCCAAAGAAAGAACCGUCACUUGAUGGAUGGAAAUAAUGAGCAGAAGUUGAUAGAAACGGGGUGGAGUUUUGAUUCUCAUUGCUGAGGGAGGGAAAGUGUGUGCAGCUGGGUGAAUGUUGAUGGGGUUGCCUCUCCCUGUAGUGAGGAGAGCUCCUCAGAAGAUUUUGCUGCUUUAGAAAUUCACUGCCUGAAAUAAAUUAAAAUUAUAAUGCAAAGUC